CCCGCUUUGCACAGGUUGAAAACUCAACAGCCCUAUCCUCUCCUCUCACUCAACUCCUGAAAUUCGCAGCCAUUCUUUCCAGAAGUGUGAGUGUAGCUGAAAGAUGCGGAGCCUACUCCUUGGCCUCCUGUGCCUGCUGGCCUGGCCAGGGGCCCGUGCCACACCACCGGUUCGACAGAAGCAGCGGCCCCGGCCCCUGUCAUCCAAAAGCCAGCGGGACCCGGGCCCAGCACAGAGCAACUCAUUAGAGAGCCAGUGCAAAGGCAAGCCGCUGGACUUCGUCUUCGUCAUUGACAGCUCGCGCAGCGUCCGUCCGGACGACUACGAGAAGGUGAAGACCUUCAUCCUGAACGUGCUGAGCGUGCUGGACGUGGGCGAGGAGUCCACGCGCGUGGGCCUGCUGCAGUACGGCAGCGUGGUCCAGAACGAGUUCUCCCUCAACGCCUUCCGGCGCCGCGCCGACGUGGAGCGCGCGGUUAAGGGCAUGGCGCACCUGGCCUCGGGCACCAUGACGGGCUUGGCGCUGCGCUACACCACCGAGGAGGCCUUCUCGCAGGCCCAGGGCGCGCGGCCCCUGAGCGCACAGGUGCCCCGCGUGGCCAUGGUGGUCACCGAUGGCCGGCCCCAGGACACGGUGGAGGAGGCGGCGGCCGAGGCGCGGCAGGCGGGCAUCGAGAUGUUCGCGGUGGGCGUGGGCCGGGUGGACAUGGCGACGCUCCGGGCCAUCGGCAGCGAGCCCCACUCCGAGCACGUCUUCCUAGUGGCUAACUUCAGCCAGAUCGAGACGCUCACCUCAGUGUUUCAGGACAAGCUCUGUGCAGACCUGUGUCAGUUGGUGGACCACCAGUGUGAGCACAUCUGCGUCAGCGCGCCCACCUCCUACAUGUGCAAGUGCAGGCAGGGCUACAUCCUGAACCCUGAUGGCAAGACGUGCCGUGUGGAGGACACUUGUGCUGAGGUCGACCAUGGGUGCCAACACAUCUGCGUUAAUCUACCGGAGGGCUACGAGUGCAAGUGCCGGGAAUUCUACGAGCUCGAGGAGGAUAAGAAGACGUGUCGCAGAGUUGACUUCUGCGAUCUGGGGAACCACGGGUGUGAGCACGACUGCAUCAGCACUCCAGAGUCCUAUGUUUGCAGAUGCAAGAAGGGCUUCAUCCUCAACCUGGAUGGCAAGACAUGCAGCAAACUUGACCACUGUGCCCAAGUCGACCAUGGCUGUGACCAUGAGUGUGUGACCACAGACGACUCAUAUGUUUGUCGCUGUUGGACUAGCUUCACCUUGGGAUCUGAUGGUAAAACCUGCAAAAAAAUUGACCACUGUGUCCUGGGCAACCACGGUUGUGACCACGAGUGUGUGAACACAGAAGACUCAUUUGUGUGUCGCUGUCGAGCUGGCUACAUGUUACGGCCAGAUGGCAAAACCUGCAAAAAAAUUGACCACUGUGUCCUGGGCAAUCACGGUUGUGACCACGAGUGUGUUAACACAGAAGACUCAUUUGUGUGUCGCUGUCGAGCUGGCUACAUGCUACGACCAGAUGGCAAAACCUGCAAAAAAAUUGACCACUGUGCCCUGGGCAACCACGGUUGUGAUCAUGAGUGUGUGACCACAGAAGACUCAUUUGUGUGUCGCUGUCGAACGGGCUACACACUGAGACUGGAUGGCAAAACAUGUGAAAGACCGGAUAUCUGCCAGACUGUGGACCAUGGUUGUGAGCAUCAGUGUGUGAGCGCUGCGGGAUCAGACUCUUAUGCCUGUGUCUGCUUUGAGGGCUACACGCUGGCUGAUGAUGGCAAGAGAUGUACAAAGUCUGACUGUGGAGAUGGCGUCAUGGACCUGGUGUUCGUGAUCGAUGGUUCCAAGAGCCUUGGAACGGUCAACUUUGAGCACGUCAAGAGGUGGGUCAACGGCAUUGUGGCGUCUCUGUCGGUAUCGCGUGGUGGCACUCAUGUGGGCCUCAUCCAGUACUCCACGAAGGUGCGUACUGAGUUUACCCUGGCGCAGCACCACAGCACUGAGGCAGUACAGCAGGCGGUGGGCAGCGUUCAGUACAUGGGCCGGGGGUCCAUGACCGGCUCGGCGCUCAGGCACAUGUUUGAGCACAGCUUCUCUGCAGCAGAGGGAGGUCGGCAAGGAGUGCCGCGCGCCACUAUCGUCUUCACCGACGGUCGGUCCCAGGAUGAUGUGUCUGCAUGGGCCACCAAAGCCAAACAAGCCGGUGUGACCAUAUACGCGGUGGGUGUGGGCAAAGCCAUAGAAGAUGAACUCAGAGAGAUCGCCUCAGAACCCGAUGGAAAGCAUCUCUUCUACGCUGAAGAUUUCAAUCAGAUGGGAGACAUCACUGACAAACUCAAGGCUGAGAUUUGCCAAGGAAAACCUGCUCCCACUGACCAGUGUGACUGCAACAGCUUGGUUGCCUUCCAGAAUCAGGCAUCAGAGAUGAUCAGAAGACUGACCCAAAAACAUAUCCUUAAAAAAAAAUAA